AUGCCUUCUCGAUCUCGGUCGCGUUCUCGAGAGCGCUCAGAGGAAGAUAUACAACUACCGAACAACGCAAAACCGAUAAGUAAGGCUGAUUACUUCCAGAAGAGCGAUGAAUUCAGGGUUUGGCUGAAGGAUGAGAAAGGAAAGUAUUUCGAUGAACUCUCCGGUGAGAAGGCGAGAAGCUACUUCCAAAAGUUCGUCAAGUACUGGAAUAGAGGCAAGCUUCCCAAAUCACUUUACGCUGGCAUAGAUAGUUCCACAAUUCCUUCACGAGCUCAAACUGGAUACAAAUGGUCAUUUGCCUCCAAAGUGUCGCGUACUGACGAUGAGGCCCUGAAAAGAGCACGCGCCUCUGUCAGCGCGGCAACUUUGAAUCGUGAUUUUGAUGAAUCCCUAGAAGGACCAUCCAAAAGUAGUCGCGUUCAAGGACCUACCCUACCUUCGUCUUCAGAUAUGCAGCUCGCGCGGGAAUACGCUGCAGAGUCCAAAGAAGAUGACCGCCGGCUGAAGCGAAAACGUGAUCGUAAGGAAGAUAAGGACCGGAUUGAGGAUAUGGUUGGGCCGAAAGAGGGUGGCCGUGAGGGAAUGUUGGAGAAAAAGAGGGUCAAGAGGGAAAGUGACCGAGCGUUCAGAGACAGAGGGGAUGAAGGACUUGAAGUGGAUGAAUCCACGCUCAUGGGCGGUGGAGAUAGCUUCAAACAGCAAAUUGCUCGAAGGGACGCCGCUCGUCAGCGAUACCAACAAAAGAAUGAAGAGAAAGUGACUACGAUUAGGGAACGGGCGUCCGCGUUUAAGGAGAAGGAAGAUGCUACUAUGGCCAUGUUUCAGAAGCUCGCAAGGGAACGAUUUGGCUGA